AUGGCUCUAGGAAUCUUGGAGAGCCUACAGGAAAGCGGUAAGAUCAGGGACCUUGGAAACAUGAAGCAUAACUCAGCGGAAUAUCUGCAUGCUGUGAUCGAGAGCUUGCGCUUGGCAUUUGAGGAUUCAAAGUUUUACGUUGCUGAUCCGGAAGUUUAUCCCACUCCUGUAAAGGGACUUUUGUCAAAGGAUUAUCUCGCAAAACGUGCAGAUAUUUUCGACCCAAAUAUCGCAAAAGUUGAUGUUGAGAAGGGAUCACCUGAGAACUCGUGUGAUACGUUUAAUCCUCAAGUUGCCCUCGACGCCCCGAGAAUUAUGAUCGAACCAUUUAAUCCAAAAGAAAGGGAUGAAAGUCUGAGAUCUCAUUCAUUGGUGUAUAUCGAGGAAGGCAUUGAUGAAAAUGUUAUUGAAGAGCUGCAAAAAAUGGGGCACAAGGUAAAGGUGAUUAAAGAGUGGAAAAGAUUUAUAUUUGGAAGAGGUCAAAUAAUUGAAAGAAGGAUUGACAAAAAGACUGGAAUUAGAGUAUGGUGCGGUGGUAGCGACUUGAGAGGUGACGGGCAGGCAGUUGGAUGGUAA